ACCCUCUUGUGUAACAUGUUGUCUAUGGAGCAAACCUACUCUAGGCUUUUCAGGCCUUGGGAUGUUAGUGAAAAAUCUAACAGUUUAGAAACUCAAACAAAGUGUGACGAAGUUAAAACUAAACUAGAAGAGAAGAAAAGAAAAUUGGUGGAGACUAAAAGGGAAAACCGUCUGAGAAAAAUUAGGGGCCAAUUCAAGAAAUCCGAAGCGAAUAUCCACCAAGACGACACGGUUUCAACGACCACUGCCGAGGUCGGCGACAAGCACGCAACUGCCGGGAAACGUUCGGAAACGCCGACGGAGUCUCCCGUCGCCAGCCUGUCGCUGUGUUGCGACCGUCUAUUACAACCUUCACAACAAAGCCCUCAAAUCAAAGUAGAAACACCCAAAGCAGAAUCCAAGACAUUCACUCCAUCAGUCGUGCCUGAAAACUACCAAAACUCAAGCUUAACACCUCCCCUGCCUGGCCCUUACUACCACCCAGGCUUCAUGCCAGAAUACAUUCCAGACCUGGCCCAAGCUCUAGGCGUUCCACCGACGGACCCCUUAUUCCUGGAAUCCAUAGCGCAAGGCUACGCCAUGGAGAUGGAAUACGCCAGAAUACUACAGCAAGAAAACGAGGCGAAGCUUCUGAACGCGAGGAAGCAGCGUCCGAAGAAGUACAAGUGCCCGCACUGCCAAGUCGGGUUCUCGAACAACGGGCAGCUGAAAGGGCACAUAAGGAUUCACACAGGAGAGCGUCCUUACAAGUGUGAGGAGAAGAACUGUGGGAAGACGUUUACGAGGAAUGAGGAGUUGACUCGGCACAAGAGAAUCCACUCGGGGGUGCGGCCCUACCCGUGUGCGACCUGUGGCAAGCGGUUCGGCCGCCGGGACCACCUGAAGAAGCACUCCCGGACCCACUACCUCCAGGCGGAGCGGAUGAUGCCGGUGUUUGUGCCGCUCGCGGCCAUGCCUCAAGGGUUCCCUUACUUGUAUGGGUAUUGAGACAAGAGAGUGUGUAA